AUGCCUUGGGUUAUUGUAACCUUUACAAGCACAAAUGAAGUAGAGGCAAUACCAGAAAAGUGGUAUAAUGAAAACCUCAACAUUGUUUACUACCCCAACUUCGAUAAAAAACAAGAUAUUCAGAAGGCAAUUAAAAAUGAGUCUGAGCCUGAUUUAAAGAAGUGGAUUCCCUAUGACGUGACAAUUUUCCAUAACAGAACAUAUCACAGCUUUGUACAAGCAACUGCCAAAGCUAGUAAGGCUUGUCAUGUUUCUGAUAUAUCUGAAGCGGAACAAGCGUUGACGAAGAGAAUACCAAAAAAAAAAUAUUCAGUUCCAUUGAUUCAUCAGAAUCACUAGAACAAUGUCCAACACUAAAAAAAACUGCUACUUCAAAACUUGGAAAAGCCAUAGCUGCAGGUAACCAAUCUGAAACGACCAUCAAUUCAGAAGUGACUGUGCAUGAAGUUGGCACUUCAAAACUUGGAAAAGCCAUUGCUGUAGAUAACAUAUUCGAAAUGACCACCAAUUCAGAAGUGACUGUACUUGAAGCUGAUGGAGAUGAAACUAGUGAUACUUCAAAAUUAUUGCAAAAAAUUGCCAAAUUACUAAUCACACAAAAAAAAAUUUUGAAUGACCAAGAGAAACAGAUUCAACAAAUAACUUUUAAGACUAAUGAGAUUUAUGAUGUACUAAAAGCCCUAACAGAUGAAAAGAAAUCUGACCAAGAACUACAAAUUACCGAUGUGAAGGUAUUUGAUCAAAUCCCUAUAACAACUCCAGAUGGACUUGCGUACAUUGAAUCAUUAAUAGCUGAAAAGACAUCAUUUAAUUUACUACUUACAGAUUUUAGCAGGUUAGGGGCAGCCAACUAUAAAGAACUCAUUAGGAGAAUAAUGAGACAGCUGAUGACAGACUCUGUUGCCAAGCUGUACAGCGUUCAUGGACAUAAGGGAAAAACGUCCUUUUCUAAAACAACCUGCUUCAGAGCAGUUAUAGGUAUUUAA